CGAGGGCGGCGGCGAGGCGAUACUGGCCGUACAGCUGGUAGUGCGGCAGCCACUGGGUCCAGUACGGCAGAAACUGCUGAGCCGGUGGAGGCGGAGGCCGGAAGCGCCAGAGGCCUUCACCAGAGGCACGAAGGGCUAGAUCGUACGGACAAUGCCGUACAAUGUUUGCCCCCGCUGCAGCCACCGGUGCACUUUAAUAAUGUCGCUGCUGGCGAAAAUCGGGGGGUAGCGGCGGCGGCGGCGGCAGCGGCGGCGGCCGCGCUGUUGCCCGUAGGGCUCUUCGGUGUCGCUGCCGCCACCACUUUCUCGCUGCUGGGCGUCGUGUUUUACAAGCUGUACGGCAACACGUUCCUGCAUGAGGCCUUCCUACAUCACUUGACGCGCAAAGACCCACGUCAUAACUUUUCGCCGUACUACUACCCCGUGUACCUCAGCUACGGCCAAGCAAAUACGACAACGUACGCCACCAGCAGCAGCGGCUGCGUUGACUCAUCACCGCUGUGCCUGAUGCUGGCGUCGUGGCAUGCCGUACGGCGUGUCGUACAUGUGGAGGAGCCGUGGCGGGUGGCUAUGGUUCCCCAGGCCGCGGCGUUGCUAGCGCUGGCAGUCCGCUUUCAUGAAGACUUGCCCUCGGCGUGGCUGUUGCAG